GCUGUAGUUGAAAAGGGGAAAAAAUUGGUGAAGAACCAUUUCAUUCUACUCCCGUUCGAUGAGGUCGUGGAUAAAUUUUGAUGUUUCCGAAUGAGACUUCCGAUUAAAGAAACGCGCCACAAUUGACAAGUAGAGAGGAGAGGAGUGGCGAUGAAAUUCCCGCUGCCGUGGAAAAAUUUUCCAGAUCGUGUAGCCGAAUUCGCGCACUUAAUUUCCGUUAAUUCACAGCUUGUAGUUUCUUCCCUCCUUUCUACUAGCGAGUACGAGAGCUUGGUAAGAGAGAAUGUCGAAUGAGAAAGACGUUAUUUCGAUUUGAUUUUCCUCUGAAAGUGGGAACUUCGAGUUUCUCUUCUUCUUCCCCAAAUCUUCCUUUUUCCUCGAUCCCGCAGUCCACACUGUUAGCGUUGCAAGAUUGUGAAUUAUCGUAAUUAAAUCGCAUCUGGGGAAAAAUGGGCGUUUCCUUCAAAAUCUCGCAAAAGGGUAAAAGUUUUCGUUCAAAGCUUUGUACUACCCAAUCUGGAUGUACUGCCCUUGGUGAUGAUGACUCUAAGGAUGGGUUGAGGGCUCUAUCGCAGAACGAAUCUUCUGUAGCUCGAAAACUUAAGAAGGAUGGUGAAACUGAAAGAAGUGGGGAUGUAAAUGGGUUGAUUGGGUUAUCUGAGUCUUCUUUAGGUCGUCCAACUCCAGAGAAUGGAGUUUCCUUCACAUUAAACCUCUUUCAAGAUGGAUAUUCUAUUGGAAAACCAUCAGAGAUUGAUCCAACGCACCCGAGUACAUUACAAGACAAUUCAAAAUUGUUACUUCCUUAUGACAGAAAAUCUGAAAACUUGUUUUCUGCUAUUGAAUGUGGCCGAUUGCCUGGAGAUAUUCUUGAUGAUAUACCUUGCAAGUAUGUUGAUGGCACAAUUGUUUGUGAGGUGCGAGAUUUUCGUGGAGGUCCUCCUGAACAAGGGCCUGGUGCUCAAUCCACUGAUGGAUUGCCUAUUGUCAAUAAGAUACAUCUAAAGAUGUCCUUGGAAAAUGUGGUAAAAGAUAUUCCAUUAAUUUCAGAUAAUUCAUGGACCUAUGGUGAUCUGAUGGAAGUGGAGUCUCGGAUUCUGAAGGCAUUGCAACCACAACUUAAUCUUAACCCUGCUCCUAAGUUCGAUAGGCUCUGUAACAGCCCAGCUUCUAUGAAGCUCAACUUUUCUCUGAACAGUGUGCGGAGGAAGCGAUUGCGACAGCUUUCAGAAGUAUCUAUCACAUCCAAUAAUAAGUUUGGGAAGAAAAUUUGUAUAGACAGAAUACCCGAAAAUUUUAAUACCAGACUGGGAGAUUCUGGAGCCGCUUCUGGAAAUAUGAUAUCUUCUAAUGUCCAUGAUAAUGUAGUUGGUCAAAAUACGAGUUUAAAUGAGAUGUUAGCAUCAAGACCAAAGAACUUUACUUCAGAUGCUUCUCUUCCAGCACAACCUACAGUAUCUGUAUCUCAAUCUAGGUAUUCUAUGGGCAGUGGAACCCCAAGAGGUAUACUUGAGCAAGUAGCUGGGUCAGUUCUUAAUCCAUCUGGUGUUUCCCCUACUGGGCAAGAAAUGAUCUCGUAUGCGGACAAUUUGAACACUAACGUCUCUCUUCUUGGAAAGAGGGAAACUCAUGAUGGGCAAAUGUCACCCUUGUCCAGUUUUAACAAGAGACCUAGACCAUCUCUUAUGGGCAUCGAUGGAAUUCAACAGCACCCAUUGGCGUCUACGGAAGGUCCCCAGGGGUCUGACAUGAUUUGGAAGAAUAUGUUGCAACAGCAAGCAAUAGCGAGAGGUAUUCAGUACUCAAACCAAGGAGUUCAAAAAUUUUCACCGCAGAUGUUUGAAGGCGUCCUGAAUCAGGAUUCUAUGCAAUUACCGUUUGCUGCAGGACAAUCAGUUAUGCAAUAUGGAGCCAAGGAAGAGCAGUUCGACUCAGAAAAGAUUGAUGGAUCUGACCUCAGUCGAAGCAAAACUGAUAUGCAGAUGAUGGAAACAGAGAACCAUCUAGAUCCUCAGCAUCCACGGUUUCAGCAAAGACCUGCGCAGCAAGCAUUCGUGAGGUCUAAUCUCUCUCAGCCUCCUUGGAAUAAUUUUGGCCAGCAUAAUGAGAAGGAAGCAAGAAAGGAGGACCAACUAUCAAAAAGAAAAUCAGCUCAAAGUCCUCGUGUGUCAGCAGGAGCUGUGCCUCAACCAUCGUUGUCAAAAUCAGGGGAAUUCUCUGGUGGCUCUAGUGGUUCCCACUAUGGAGUGCCUGGAAAUAUUGCACUUGUAUCAGCACAAAAGGAGAAGUCUGCCAUUAAUCCCGUUUCUCAUGUUGGUGGAACUCCAUCCUUUUCUUCCAGUGCUAAUGAUUCAAUGCAAAGACAACAUCAAGCCUCAAAGCGGAGAUCAAAUUCCCUCCCCAAAAAUCCAGUAAUCAGUGGAGUUGGAUCUCCUGCUAGUGUUAGUAAUAUGAGUGUUCCCCUGAAUGCAAACAGUCCUUCAGUUGGAACCCCACCUUUUGUUGAUCAAACCAUGAUUGAAAGAUUCUCAAAGAUUGAAAUGGUGGCUGCAAGGCAUCAGCUUAACCAUAAAAAGAGUAAGGCCAAUGAAUAUUCUGUCAGAAAGUCAAAUACUUACCCAACUCACAAUCUUGCUACUCAUCUGGCAAACUCAUCAAUUGGUGAUGACGUAAAAGAUGACGCUUGUCCAAGGAAGAUGUCAAAGUCCCUAAUUGGCGGCAGCUUAAAUGCCUGCAAAAGAAGGGUGUUAACUUUUAUGUUGCAAGACCGUAUGCCUCAAGGAAUGGCUCCAUAUGUUACUAGGUUACGAAGUAGGGUAAUCCUGUCGGAAAAGCCCAGUGAUGGAACCGUAGCCAUUACCUAUGAAGAUAUAGAUGAUAGCAGAUUUCUCGCUAUUGAGGAUCGUCUUCCAACAUUGCCCAAUACUCUUUCGGCGGAUUUACUUGCUGAGCAAUUAUGUACAUUGAUGGUUCAUGAAGGGUAUGAUCUUAUGGAAGAUAAUAUUCAAGUUAGGCCGACCCGGACAAACCCAUCCCCUAUCGGUCAAUCAAAUGCUGGUGUUCAUCCUCAUAUUAAUCCAGCUGCGGAAAUGCAGCAUUAUGGAGAAGCUUUUCCGAGUCAAACAUCCAAUGAAAUUCCAAGGCCAAGUGGUGGUGGUGGUGGUAAUGCCUCUCUGCUCAACUCCUCCCAUAAUAUUCUAGGAAACACAAGGAUGUUGCCUCCUGGAAACUCUCAGGCGGUCAUACAGUCUCAAGGGAUUUUGGCAGGGGUUUCAUUGCCCACAAGACCGCAACAGGUCGAAGCCCAAACUUCGAUGCCGCAGCAACAGCAACAGCCGCAGCCAUCACAGCAGCAGAAUCAGCAAAACCUUAUGCAACCACAGCAUCAACAGUUCCAGAGAUCAAUGAUGCUUGGGACAAACCAGCUUUCGCAUUUGAACGCCAUUGGCCAGAAUUCUAAUGUUCAAUUGGGUAAUAACAUGGUGAACAAGUCGUCCAUUCCGCUUCACCUAUUGCAGCAGCAGCAGCAAUCACAAAUGCAGAGGAAAAUGAUAAUGGGAGCUGUUGGUAUGGGUAACAUGAACAAUAACAUGGUGGGGCUUGGAAACCUUGGCAGUUCAAUGGGUGUAGGAACUACCAGAGGAAUCGGAGGAACUGGACUCCAAGCAUCCAUGGGUUCUAUUCCUGCCAUGGGCAAUACAGGUCAAAAUCCGAUGAACUUAACCCAGGCAUCUAGUUUUAACAACCCUCUCAGUCAGCAAUUUCGACCAGGAACGGCAAUGGCAUCAGCCCAGGCACAAGCGGCUUAUAAAUUUCGGCUGGCGCAGAACCGAGGCAUGCUUGGUGCUGCCUCUCAAUCAACAAUAACUGGAAUCCCAGGAGCAAGACAAAUGCAUGCAAGCUCAGCUGGCCUUUCAAUGCUUGGACAGGCUCUGAACCGUGCUGGCAUGACCCCAAUGCAACGAGCAGUAGUACCAAUGGGUCCUCCAAAGUUGAUGCCAGGAAUAAAUGCAUACAUGAACCAGCAGCAGCAGCAGCAACUACAACAGCAAAUGCAACAGCAACAGCAGCAGCAAAUGCAACAGCAACAGCAACAGCAAAUGCAACUGCAGCAGCAACAACCUCAACAACAGCAGCUACAACAACCUCAACAACAGCAGCUACAACAACCUCAGCAGCUACAACAGCAUCCCGAAACAACCUCACCACUUCAGGCUGUUGUUUCACCACAGCAGGUGGGUUCACCUUCGAUGGGAGUCCAUCAACUUAACCAACAAUCCCAGCAACAACAACAGCAGCAAUCAACUAGCCCGCAACCAAUGAAUCAGAGAACUCCAAUGAGCCCUCAACCAAUGAAUCAGAGAACUCCAAUGAGCCCACAGCAAAUGAGCUCAGGGACAAUCCAUGGUCUGAGUGCUGGCAAUCCCGAGGUUUGCCCUGCAAGCCCGCAGUUGAGUUCACAAACCCUCGGUUCGGUCAGUAGUAUUUCAAAUUCUCCCAUGGAGAUGCAAGGUGUUAACAAGAGUAACUCUGUAAAUAAUUCAUGAACUAUGAUGUGCUUUGAAUUUCCUCUUUGUAGUUCAAUAAUCAUUCAGGUCAUUGAUAUGUAUGAGAGUUUCUACCUGUGUAGGUUUGUGAGGUUAGAUUUAAGAUAUGUACAGGGAACAUGCAGAAUUUCCAAGAGAUUGUCUGCUGGUCUGAAGAACUCUAUUGUAGCCUAGCGGUUCUUUAGCUGAGAAUUUUAUGAAAUUUGCAGUAAAACAAACAUGUAAGAACACACGAUCCCUAGUA